AUGGUUGCCGCUCUCCGAUCCGCUGCUGCCUCGCUCGUCCGAGCCCGUGCUCCUUUGGCUAUCGCCCGUCAGGCCGCUCCUGUCGCCCGUGCUGCCGUCGUUACUCCCCGCUUCACGCCCGUCCGAUUCUACGCCGCUUCUGCAGGCCUUUCCAAGUCCGACAUCGAGACGAGGGUCGUCGACGUGCUCAAGACCUUCGAGAAGGUUGACCCCAGCAAGGUCUCUGCCACUUCCUCUUUCACCUCCGACCUCGGUUUGGAUUCCCUUGACGCCGUCGAGGUUGUCAUGGCCAUUGAGGAGGAGUUCUCGAUCGAGAUCCCCGACGAGGAGGCUGACAACAUCACCACCGUUCAACAAGCUAUUGACUACAUUGCCAAGUCGCCCGAAGGUAAGCAUUGCAUCGCUCAAAGUGAAAUCAGUGUCGGCGCUUGA